AUAUGCAGAUUAUUUCUUUAUUUACAAAUCCCAGUAUUAUCCUUUAACAGGAUAUGUGCAUUAUAAUGAAAUAUAAGGUAAAAAUACAGACUGUACAACAGAAGAAAACUAUAAAUUAAAAUAUUGUGCGCACAGAAUUCCUCUCUCAGUUUAAAAUCAUCACAACAUGUUUGUUGUCAGGUUGGUUUGUGGUGUUUGUGUACGAGCUUCACAUUAGAAUCACAUAGACGAGAUAAAUAGACGUGCAGACAGAAUAAUUAAUAUUACAGCACAUGCAGUGUGGAUUGGCUUCUGUGGAAAACAAUGGUUCAGUAGGUAAACAGCUGUUAAGCCUCUUGAAUCCCCGGAGCAGGCGUCUCGGUCGUGUUUCUGUUGCAGAGCAAGUCGCUCCAUGUGGACGCUGGACUUUGUGUCGGCGCUGAUCUGCUUAUUGCUCCUGGUACCGGACGUUUACCACAAAGAACCAUAUUAUGCUCCAUCGCCCAAAAUCACAGACUCUGUUUACUUGUUACUUGUUGGUCCUUAAUUAACGCAGCUCGUUAGUGGUCAGGUCAACUGCACAGUUUAUCUGGAUGUGCGGAAUUCCAGCAGGAUGAAAACUUACUUCACAACUGGGCCACAGCGACACACAUGAAUAGUGUGUGUGGCUUUCUGACACACUAACACAUGUUUGUGUCAUGCUCUGACCCAUUAACCUGCAGAGCUACUGCAUCAGUCUGACCUACAGACGCCGAGACGGACAUCUUAUCAUAGCGCAAAUCUUUACGGGGAAUUUGGAAAAUAUAAGAAACAUUUUGAUUCUACUCCCGUUGUUCAAUGAAAAGCGUAUACGUGAACUUCUGUCGUUCUAAAAUGUUUUCAAUUCUUUUAACACCUUAAAAUUGUACUGAAAUAAAGUUAAAAUAAAUAUCAAAUACAUGCAGAAAGUGGACACAAGCCCUCUUUUUUUUUAAAUCUUUAUUUCUAACCCUAACCCUAACCCGUACAGAUUGAUGUCAAUUAGUGAGAGGUUCUCAGGUAUAAGGCAAAACAAGUGUAAACAAUAAACUUACAUGAUCUGUAAAGAAGAAAAUGUGUCGCACGAGAAGAUCAUGAAAGGUAGUCAUCAGCUAAAUAAAUGAUCAUUUAAGUCGUGUUGGGCAAAAUCGAGGCUUUCAAAUGUGAGGAUUUGUCUCCAAUUUGGGGUUCGGACUUGUUUCUUUCUCAUAUUUCAUUGAAGAUUUGAUCAAAUGAUUAAUGCACUUAAUCAUGCGAUCUGUAAGACAUCAGAAAAUGCUAAAAUGUACAUCUUAAAUUUUGUUUUGUCUAAUUCAUGAUCAAAUGCCAAGAGAUUAAAGGAAGAAGCUGCAACCUGUGAAAUUGUUGAUUCAAUAUUUACCUAAAUGAUGAAUUGUUUAUCGCACGUAUUUUGCUCAUUAGUCACUGAAUCAAUCAAUCCACUAAUUGCUUAACCCCACAAAUGACUAUCUUUGGAUUUUGGACAGUCAAUAAUAAUUUUCCAGAUCUCACCUCCAGCAGUGUGACUUUGUUCCGACCUUUUCUUUAUAUUCUACAGACUUAUCACACACAAUGUAUGAAUUUGUUCUCCAUGUAGGGGAAAGGAUUAGGAAGGAAUGCAGCGAUUAGGUAUUAAACAUGUAAACCCGUUGUUGUGACUCAGUAAAUCUAUAGAGAGCUGAUUGAGGCCCUGCUGGCUCUGAGCAACACAAACACACACACACAAACACACAUUCACAUUCACUUGCUAGAUUUCCCCCCAUUUGUGACUGACCUCUGCGCAGCCAUUGGUCAGCUUCCUUCCUGCGAGUGUUUCCUGGCGCACGUUGUGUCAUGGCAGAACCCCGUCAGUAAGGGAAGCAGCAUCUGUUCAGCCCUAACACACAGACACUCACACACAUUCACCAGCAAACUCCCGUCACUGGUUUUAGUUUCCUGGCUCCACAGCUGCUCCGACCCGUCCCUCCCCUGCCUCUCUUCCUCCGCGGGUCUCCUCGGCCCACUCCACUCCUCAGCUCUCUUCCCUGCGGCUGUGUGUGCGUCUCCGGGUGAACAAUGUGUUGUUCGGUGGGCUUCGCCCGGACCCUGGGUCUGGCACUGCUGCCUCUGGCCCUCUGCUGUAUCCUUGCCAACCUGCUGCUGCUGUUUCCUAUGGGGCAGAUCACCUACAUCCAGGAGGAACGCCUGGCCAGCUACAUCUGGUACUUUGGUGGACUAGGAGGUGGAGGAAUCCUGAUGCUGCUUCCAGCUGUUGUCUUCAUCACUCUGGGGAAAUGUAGCUGCUGCUGGAAUGAGAGUUUAAUGAUGUGCGGCUCCGUGCUGGCAGCUGUCGUCGGCCUCGUUGGCUCCUCCUACUGCUUCGUCGUGUCGGGGUUCGCCCUGGUGCAGGGGCCGCAGUGCUUCACCUCCUUAGGGUGGUCCUACCCGUUCGUAGACCAGGGGGGCAGGUAUCUGCUGCAGCCGGAGACGUGGUCGCGGUGCCUCCAGCCCAUGCACAUCGUGGAGUGGAACGUGGCUCUGCUGUGUAUCCUGCUGGGUUUGGCGGCGCUGGAGUUCAUCAUCUGUCUCCUGCAGCUCGGCAGCGGCCUGGUCAACGCCGUGUGCCGGCCCUGCUGCUACAAGCAGGAGUACAGUCUGAACAUGUAGACAGACACACACACACACUCUCUCUCCUGCACAGACGUACUAGUUGUGCAUGUGAAUAUUAAAAUAGCCUCAUCGCCUGCAGCACCAUUGUGUGUGUGUGUGUGUGUGUGUAUGAGUACAACACAACACACUGUUUAGACACAUUCACACAUGCUUUGUCAUGGACGUCUGCCAACCAUGUCAGCUGUGUGGGAUCAUUUCCAAGUUUGCCCCGGUUAAAGUGGCAAAAGCAGUUUGCAGUCAUCGCUGUUUGUGUGUGUGUGUGUUUGUUUGUAGGUGUGUGUGUGUGUGUG